CGAACGUCCACGGCGACGCUGCCACUUGUCUUCGUUCUCUCGGGGGGAGGAGAUAGUCUCGGCUCUCUGCUGUGCGGCGCUGGCGAAAGAGGGGUUUUGAUCGCUUCCUUCGUCUCUCUGUCGCACGAUUUAAUAAAGCCUGUGUCGUUCAUGUUAACUCCCACGAAUUCCCGUUUCACUGGUACAGUGAAGUGGACGACGGACCGAGUACCUACACCAACUUAAACUUGGAUAUCAAUGGAGGGCGGUGUGACUGUAGCGGACAAGGCAGAAUUCAAGGAGUGCCUGCGGCUGUCCUGGACACAGCCUUACAUCCUUCAACUUGUCCUGUCUGCUGGCAUUGGCGGUCUUCUUUUCGGAUAUGAUACAGGUGUCAUAUCGGGAGCCCUCCUGUACAUUAGAGAUGACUUUGCUGCGGUGGAAAAGAGCACUGUAUUAAGGGAGACAAUAGUCAGUAUGGCUGUUGCUGGAGCUAUAGUUGGAGCUGCAUUUGGUGGCUGGAUGAACGACAAGUUUGGAAGGAGGCCUUCCAUCAUACUUGCCGAUGCACUGUUCUUUGGAGGUGCCGUUAUCAUGGCGUUUUCCCCAACACCUAGAGUUAUCAUUGUUGGGAGGGUAUUUGUUGGUCUUGGUGUUGGAAUGGCUUCCAUGACAGCUCCUCUGUACAUCUCUGAAGCCUCCCCUGCUAGGAUCAGAGGUGCUCUAGUGAGCACAAAUGGGCUUCUCAUCACUGGUGGCCAGUUCUUGGCCUACCUCAUCAAUCUAGCCUUCACUAAGGUGCCAGGGACCUGGCGGUGGAUGCUUGGCAUUGCAGGGGUUCCUGCCCUGGUCCAGUUCGUACUGAUGCUGAUGCUGCCAGAAUCACCAAGAUGGCUCUACAGGAAGGGCAGGAAAGAGGAAGCAGCAGCAAUCUUGCACAAGAUUUACCCUGCGAAUGAGGUCGAGGAAGAGAUUGACUCAAUGCGCCGGUCUGUCGAAGAAGAGGUGCUCCUUGAGGGCUCCAUCGGUGAGAGUGGCUUCAUGGGCAAGCUGAGGAAGGCGAUGGGCAGCAAGGUCGUUCGCCGCGGGCUAACGGCCGGCGUCAUCGUCCAGGUCGCGCAGCAGUUCGUGGGCAUCAAUACCGUCAUGUACUACAGCCCGACGAUCGUGCAGCUGGCCGGCUAUGCGUCCAACAACACAGCCAUGGCACUGUCCCUCAUCACCUCGGGCCUGAACGCCAUCGGCUCGAUCGUCAGCAUGUUCUUCGUGGACAGGGCAGGCCGGAGGCGCCUGAUGCUGAUCAGCCUGGUCGGAAUCGUCGUGUGGCUCGCCGUGCUCGGCGGCACGUUCCUGGGCGCCGCACACCACGCCCCACCCGUCAGCGACCUGGAGACCCGACUGUUGGCGAACCAGAACCAGACCCAGACCCAGACGUGUCCCGAGUUCAACCCGAACGUCCGCUGGAGCUGCAUGGACUGCCUCAAGGCCGCGUCCACGUGCGGCUUCUGUGCUCACCAGGGAGACAAGCUUCUUCCGGGGGCGUGCUUGGCGCUGAACAACGCGUCUCGGCAUGCGUGCCGCGCAGACCACCGGGAGUUCUACACGGAGGGGUGCCCCAACAACUUCGGGUGGCUGGCACUGAUCGGCCUGGGCGCGUACAUCGUCUCCUACUCGCCCGGCAUGGGCACGGUGCCGUGGAUUGUCAACUCGGAGAUCUACCCGCUGCGGUUCAGGGGCAUCUGCGGCGGCAUCGCUGCCGUCGCCAACUGGGUCUCCAAUCUCAUCGUGACGCAGACGUUCCUGUCCCUGACCAAGGCGCUCGGAACAUCGGCCACCUUCUUCCUCUUCUGUGCUGUCUCCUUGCUGGCGCUCGUCAUCGUCUUCCUCACCGUGCCGGAGACUAAAGGCCUGCAGUUCGAGGAAGUGGAGCGGAUGCUGGAAAGGGAGGACUACAAGCCCUGGAAGAGGUACCAUGGUGGCAGCAGCAGCAUCGAGCCGGCGAAGAACAGUGAUAUUGGCCUCACCCCGCCAUGAAAUCCACUUGUUCUGUUAUCUAGAUUCAAGUAGAAGUAGCAAUAAUUCGUAGUGGCAGUUUAUAAUAGGCCAUCUGCUGCUAAUCUCUCUCUAGAUUUCCAAGAAGUGAAAAAAUGAGGUAUUAGUCAUUCAGUAUGAAAAUACGACAUUUGGUAGCUGCUAUACUUUGUUCUAGAGCAUUUAAUCUUGAUUUUAGCUCUGGGGUGGCUUGUGGCAUUAGUUGCGCACUGUGUUUAAGACAACAUUCAGAAUUGUUUCCUUUUUUACUUUUUACCAUUUGGUGAUGAAGAUACAUUCUGCA